AUGACUGCUUUCUGGAUAUUAAUUUUGAUCUUCAGCACCAUGUAUACAGUCAAAACUGGUAGACACUGGGUUACUGCACAAUCCCUCACAGAGUCACCAGUUUAUCAGCCUGAUAAAGAGCUCAGUGUGAAUAUCGGAGACUCGGCUACUCUACGGUGUUGUAUUUCUGAAAAUGAAGUCGGGAUGAUGGCCUGGUUUAAGCAACCAAACAGAAAAAAACCUCAGAGUAUAGUCCAGUUAUAUAAAAGUAGUGGAGAAACAUUUUACAAUGAAUCCCAAAAGUCUCAUUUCCAAAUAGAAAGAUCUUCAAACUGCUUCAAUUUGAUCAUUUUAAACAUCAUUCAGUCUGAUGAAGCCAUGUACUACUGUGCACGGAUAAGACCCAACGCUGUGUUUGGAGAUGGGACUUAUUUAAAAAUUAAAGGUGAUCAUGUUACUAUUGCAUCAGAAACAUCUAAACCAGCUCUGUGUGAUAAUUCAGUGGUGUGUGAACCAACACUGCAUGGAAACAGCACUAACAUGAACACACAUGAGAAAACAGUAAUCGGUUUGGGAACGGCUUUGGGUUUGUGCGCACUUCUGAUUUUCUGCCUCAUUUAUAUCAUACUGAGGAGAAGAAAAUUUAAUGCUUCUAUAGAAAAUUCUCCAGGAAUGAGGCAGGAAUCUGAAGCUGACCCGCUGCAUUAUGCAGCUUUACAGUUCUCUAAGAGGAAAUCCAAAGCUGAAAAAAGGAAAACUGGCUCAUCAGACGAGUGCGUGUACUCCGAUGUAAAGAAAGCUUUUAGAUAAUAUAAAUGGCUCUUAACACACGGUACUA